CUGCCGCCCCGCCCCCCCGGCUCCCGGAAGCCAUGGCGCGGAACCUGGCGAGGUGGCUGGGUGGCUGCCUGCUGGUGUCAGCAUUGGGAAUGGUGCCACCUCCUGAAAAUGUCAGAAUGAAUUCAGUUAAUUUCAAGAACAUUCUACAGUGGAAGUCACCUGCUUUUCCCAAAGGGAAUCUGACUUUCACAGCUCAGUACCAAAGUUAUAGGAAAUUCCAAGAUGUAUGCACAAGAGCUGCCUCGACGGAAUGUGAUUUCUCAAGUCUUUCCAAGUAUGGGGACCACACCUUGAGAGUCAGAGCCGAAUUUGCAGAUGAGCAUUCAGACUGGGUAAACAUCACCUUCUGUCCUGUGGAUGACACUGUCAUUGGGCCUCCUGGAAUGCAUGUAGAAAUGCAUGCUGAUUCUUUACACAUGCGUUUCUCAGCCCCCCAAAUUGAGAACGAACCUGAAACGUGGACCAUGAAGAAUAUUUAUGACUCAUGGGCUUAUAAUGUGCAAUACUGGAAAAAUGGUACUGAUGAAAAAUUCCAGAUCACUCCUCAGUAUGACUUUGAGGUCCUCAGAUACCUAGAACCAUGGACAACUUACUGUGUUCAAGUUCAAGGGUUUCUUCCUGAUCGCAACAAAACCGGCCAGUGGAGUGAGCCUGUCUGUGAGCAAACAACUGAUGACGAGACGGUCCCCUCCUGGAUGGUCGCCUUGGUACUCAUCGGGUGUGUCUUUGUGGCCGUCCUGGUGCUCCUGGGCUGUUUUGCUCUGCUCUGGUGCAUUUACAAGAAGACAAAGUACGCCUUCUCCCCUGGGAACUCCCUCCCGCAGCACCUGAAAGAGUUUUUGGGCCACCCUCAUCAUAGCACACUUCUGUUUUUCUCCUUCCCACUGUCUGAUGAGAAUGAGGUUUUUGACAAACUAAGUGUCAUUGUAGAAGACUCUGAAAGCAGCAAGCAGAACCCUGGUGUCAGCUGCAGCUUCAGGACACUCUCUGAGGAGGGACCCUAGAGCUCAUCUCUGAGGCGGAAACUUGGCUGGGCACGAUGACCCCUACUCCUCACAGCCACCUCAGCCAGUGAUCAAAGCCACAGACAAGGCUGAAGACCCCCUGAGCCAACCCCACUUCUAUAACUCCUAGUCCCCAGGCUUGUGUAAACCACCAAGGAGCCAGACUGUUGAGGCUCACUUGGCAAAAACACUCCACCUUGGGGACUUACUUCUUUAUAAAGGUCUGAACAAUUUUCUUUUCUUGUUUAACAGUUUUCUUUAAAAAAUUGACCACUGAGGCUUGACGCCCAUAGCACAGUGGUUACGGCACCACCCACAUAUAUUGAGGCUAGCGGGUUCAAACCCGACCCAGGCCAGCUAAACAACAAUGACAACUCCAACAAAAAAUAGCCAGGUGUUGUGGCGGGCGCCUGUAGUCACAGCUACUUGGGAGGCUGAGGCAAGAGAAUUCCUUAAGCCCAAAAGUUUGAGGUUGCUGUGAGUUGUGAUGCCACGGCACUCUACUGAGAGCAACAUAGUGAGACUCUGUCUCAAAAAACAAAAAAGUUGUCCACUGAGAAUGUCAUUUUCAGCCUCUUAAGCUCCCUAAAUUAGGACCACUUUUUAAUAGUGAGAAAUGGAUGUAUUUAAAAGGAGGAAUAAACAUGGGGAUACUUGUCAUCCAGGAGCAGGUUUUUUUUUUUUAAUAGAAAUGCUGUAAAAUUCUACCAGAUACCAAUAGACUGAUCAGAAAAGGUGAUCACCUCAAUUCAAAAGUGAUUAGCACCAUGCUGCACAGAACACAGACUUUUUGUAUUCUCUGUAAUACUUUGACUGCAUUUAUUUUCCUACCUAUGUAUGUUUUAUAUGUAUACUACUGGUGUUCUAUUAAAGUUUCAUUCUCUAUUGAA